CGGAGCUCAGAUGCUUGUUCUUAGGGCGCCGGGAGCGCAGCCAGAGCCUCUGUGCACCACCACCUGGCAGAGUUUGCCCCCGGAUUCUUCCCGCCUGCUGUCCCCUAACCUGCCUGCCACACCCUCAGCCGCCACCGGGAGCCUCAUGGCCGCAACCUGCGAGAUUAGCAACGUUUUUAGCAAUUACUUCAGUACGAUGUACAGCUCGGAGGACCCCACUCUGGCUUCUGUUCCCUCCGCUGCCGCCUUUGGGGCCGACGACCUGGUGCUGGCCCUGGGCAGCCCACAGAUGCCCCUGGAGGGCCCAGAGAAGGCCAGCUGGUCGGGGGAGCAGCCCCAGCUCUGGUCCAAGGCCCAGGUUCUGGACUGGAUCAGCUACCAAGUGGAGAAGCACAAAUACGACGCCAGCACCAUCGACCUCUCGCGCUGUGACAUGGACGGGGCCGCGCUCUGCCGCUGCGCCCCUGAGGAGCUGCGCCUGGUCUUCGGGCCCUUGGGGGACCAGCUCUAUGCUCAGCUGUGGGACCUCACUUCCAGCUUUCCUGACGAGCUCAGCUGGAUCAUGGAACUUCUGGAGAAGGACAGCAUGACCCUCCAGGAGCCCCUCGGAGACCAGGGCCCCUUUGACCAGGGAAGCCCCUUCGCCCAAGAGAUGCUGGAGGACUGCAGACAGCCCAGCCCCUUCUACCCGGGCAGCUUCAGCGCGGGAGCCCCCUCCCCAGGCAGCUCCGAUGUCUCCACCGCAGGCACUGGUGCCUCCCAGAGCUCCCCCGCCUCAGACUCCGGUGGAAGCGACGUGGACCUGGACGCCCCUGACAGCAAGCCCUUCUCCGGGGAUGGCUUCCCAGACUACAAGAAAGGGGAUCUGAAGCACGGGAAGCGGAAACGGGGCCGCCCCCGAAAGCUGAGCAAAGAAUCUCGGGGGUGUCUGGAGGGAACGAAGAGCAAGCAUGCCCCCAGAGGCACCCACCUGUGGGAGUUCAUCCGUGAUAUCCUUAUCCACCCGGAGCUCAAUGAGGGCCUCAUGAAGUGGGAGAACCGGCAAGAAGGUGUCUUCAAGUUCCUGCGCUCCGAGGCCGUGGCCCAGCUGUGGGGCCAGAAGAAGAAGAACAGCAGCAUGACCUAUGAGAAGCUGAGCAGGGCCAUGAGGUACUACUACAAGCGGGAGAUUCUAGAGCGGGUGGACGGUCGGCGGCUUGUCUACAAAUUCGGCAAGAACUCCAGCGGCUGGCAGGAAGAAGAGGUUGUCGGGCGCCGGAACUGAGGGUCGGACCAGCCCUGGGACCAAAGGCUCAGACUUGAGGCUGCAGGGCUGCCAGGCUGCCACUGGGGCACAGGCCCUGCGCCGUGGAGACAAGCUUUGGGUCUGGAGCUGCCGGUCGUCAUCCUGGCGUCUGGGGCCAUGGCCUCUAUUUUGUCCUUUUGGGAUUACAAGCCCCAGCGUUUGAAGUGACUCGUGCGCCGGCUGCAAGGCAGGUGCAGCCUCUUCGGUCUGGGAGCACGUCGGACCUGAUCAGAUAGCAGCUGGGACGCCCCCUCCGGCAGGGGCUGGAUGAGCCCAGCGGGCCGGGCCAGGGGGCUCUCAGAGGCGCACCCCUCCUUCUGGACUGGCUUCCACCUCCCCGCUCAGUGCUUGGACUCCGCGGGCGGGGGUCAGAGCGCGCCCUAAUUUAUGUGCUAUAAAUAGAAAUGUAUAUAGAGAUCUAUUUUUUCUAAGACACCCCUCCCCAGCCCCUCCCCCACUGAACCCUGGUGGCCACGGGGACUGUUCCAGGCUCUCGGCUGGGCCAGUGAGGGGCAGGGCGAUGCCAGGAGCCUCGGGACAGGGCUCCUGGCUCCUUCUUCCUGUGAAUGGGGGCAGAGACCUCCAAUAAAGUGCCUUCUGGACUUUUUUAA